AUGAGUUCACCAGGAUCGCCCUCCGAAGAGGCAAGGGAAUCGGCAGGAGGUACACCUGCCUGGCAUCCUGCACAAGAGUGGCUGGAGGAAGACGACGAGGUAGACAUGGAUUAUCACCCUGCGCUGGAGGGAUCGGAAGACGAAGACGGCUGGGAAGAGAUGGAUGCCGAGGACGAAGAUAUGGACCUCGGAGUAUCUGAUGAAAAUCCGCGCAUCAACAUCGGCAACAUCCAGAUCGAGCUCACUACGGACGAUCAUGACGAAGAUGGAGAGGAGGGUAAUGGUGGCGAGACUCGCAUUCCGGCAUCCCGGCUAUUCCAAUUACUGGCAUCGAGCGGUCUGCAGCAUAUCCUCCACUCCAAUGGAUGGGCAACCAAUCCAGCAGAGGAGGAGGAAGACGAUGGCGAAGACGAUCCGGACUACUAUCUGCCUACAUUCCGACAUCGACUGAGAACAAGACGGACCAGAGGAGAACCCCAGUUCCCCAAAGUCCCCAGCGAUGCGGGAACCGAACUGAUGGGCGAAGGCCAUUUCGGUACCGACCAGCACUAUGUGGACCGACUCAAGAAACGGAAGAUGGGAUUUGCUACAAAGUUGAUGUGGCGGGAACUCGGCGUGGACUCUUAUGGAGCUCGGAGGAGGGUUGAUCAGGCUAUCUCGCAGAAUAUGAUACCUAGCUCCGUGGCCGAUAAAAUCAUCCAUUACGAUGCACGCAGUUACUCCGGCCAGUUCUCCGACGAUGGAAACUUUUUCUUUUCUUGCGCGCAGGAUUUCAAGGUUCGGAUGUACGACACAUCUAACCCAUACGAAUGGAAGUACUAUAAGACUGUCCGCUAUCCGCUCGGUCAAUGGACAAUCACGGAUGCUACGUUGAGUCCCGAUAAUCGCUUUCUGGUCUACUCUUCCAUACGCAGUCAGGCCUACUUAGCCCCAACAGACCCAGAGGAUGAUUCGGAUCCGAGUCAAUUAGACUUUGCUCUUUCGAUGAACCAGGGACGACGCCAAAGCUGGGGUAGCUCUCAUUUCGGAAUAUGGUCUCUUCGCUUCUCCGGAGAUGGACGCGAGAUCGUCGCGGGCACAUCAGAGGACUCUGUGAUUGUCUAUGAUAUUGAAACGAAACAACCGGUCCUAAAUCUGCGCGACCGUCACCAGCAUCACGUCAAUGCAGUCUGCUUCGGUGACAAGUCAUCUCCUCACCUACUUUACUCAGGAUCCGAUGACUCAACGCUACGAGUCUGGGACCGUCGGUCAAUGGGCGAUGGGCGUGAAGCAGGUGUUUUCAUGGGCCACACCGAGGGUCUAACAUACGUUGACAGCAAAGGCGAUGGCCGAUAUGUUCUUUCCAACGGCAAGGACCAGACCAUGAAGCUCUGGGAUCUGCGAAAGAUGAUGACGACUGCCAAUUUCGACAACAUAGACCCCAGCAGCUUCACGACUGGAUUUGACUACCGAUUUGAGAAAUACCCUGACAACUUCUACGAGCCACAUCCGUAUGACUACUCGGUGGUCACCUUCCGCGGCCACAGUGUCCUCAAGACACUGAUUCGCUGUCAUUUCUCGCCGCCUGGCAGUACAAAUUCGCGCUACGUCUACUCUGGCAGUGAAGACGGCAAGGUCUACGUGUACAAUAUGGAUGCUACGCUGGCUGGUACCAUCGAUGUUGGUUCAGCAACGCUUAACUCGCGCCCCCGGGAGCCAGAUGUCUUUGCGACGGCGUAUGAGAUGAGUGGAGAGAUGCUGUGGAGGACUUGUGUUCGUGAUGCGAGCUGGCAUCCGAAUGCUCCAGUGCUAGCUGCAACCUCCUGGAACGGAUGGGGACUGUCUACUGGCACAUGUACUAUUCAUUCCUGGAAUGACGGUGCUGCCAAUGAUGAAGGGGACCCGCCAAUCGGCAAGAGCUAUGAUGACAGGCUUAGAUAUGUGCCCGAGUUUAACGACUUCCGAGAGAAUGCCCCAGCGGCCCGCACACGACGACCGCUGCGUAGCCGGCCUGUGCGCCGACUGUUUGUUGAAGAAGACGAGGAUGUUGAGUGGUGA